CAGGCAGCGGCGGGGUCGGGCGGUGCCAGCCCGUUGCUGCCCGCCCUCGCCGCUGUCGCUCCCGGCGGGCGAGUAAGUCCGUGAGCGGCCGAGGCGGCGGAGGAGCCGCCGGGCGGGAGGAGUAAUAGUAAAAACAGAAGUAAUGCCCGUGGACAUGGCUUGUUCCCUGUAAUCCCGGAAGCCAUCACGUUUGUUUCCCAUCCAGCUGAAUUCGAACUUUAUCCUGAAUAAGCUUCUGAAAUCUUAUGCUCACAAGGAAAAGAUUUGUGUACUCAAGGCUGAAGGUUUUGGAACGGAUGUUGGAAGAUGUUAGCUGUGGAUACUGGGGUUGUGGAGGAGUGGUUAUCAGAGUUCAAGACACUGCCAGAAGCAUCCAUAUCUAGCUAUGCUACAAACUUGAAAGACAAGAGUGCUUUGAUUUCAUCUCUUUACAAAGUAAUUCAGGAGCCACAGAGUGAACUUCUGGAGCCAGUCUGCCAUCAGCUCUUUGAGUUUUAUCGGAGUGGUGAGGAACAGUUGCUACGAUUUACACUGCAGUUUCUACCGGAAUUGAUGUGGUGCUAUCUUGCUGUCUCAGCCAGCAGAGAUUUGCAGAGCAGUGGAUGCAUAGAAGCUCUUCUCCUAGGAGUUUAUAACUUGGAGAUAGUUGACAAAGAGGGUCAUAGUAAAGUGCUGAGUUUCACAAUUCCAUCUUUGUCCAAACCUUCAGUCUAUCAUGAACCUUCCAGCAUUGGCUCCAUGGCUCUCACUGAAGGAGCUUUAUCGCAGCAUGGUUUGUCCAGGGUUGUGUACAGUGGACCUCAUCCUCAGAGGGAGAUGUUAACAGCACAGAACAGGUUUGAAGUGCUGACUUUCCUUCUUCUCUGUUACAAUGCUGCCUUAAGCUACAUGCCUGCAGUUUCUCUACAGUCGUUGUGUCAGAUUUGUUCAAGAAUUUGUGUCUGUGGAUAUCCUCGCCAACAAGUGAGAAAGUACAAGGGAGUCAACAGUAGGAUUCCCGUUUCAUCUGAAUUCAUGGUGCAAAUGCUGACAGGGAUUUAUUAUGCCUUUUAUAAUGGAGAAUGGGAUCUGGCUCGUAAAGCUAUGGAUGACAUUUUGUAUAGAGCACAGCUUGAGCUGUAUCCGGAACCUCUGCUGGUUGCUAAUGCAAUAAAAGCUUCACUGCCUCAGGGUGCUAUGAAAUCUAGUAAAGAAGGUACAAGAUGCAUUCAGGUUGAAAUUACACCUACUUCAUCCAGAAUAUCCAGAAAUGCUGUGACUAGCAUGUCUAUCAGAGGGCAUAGGUGGAAAAGGCAUGAACAACCAGAGAAUGGUAAUACUGACUUAGCAAUUCAAGAAGAACUGAUAGAAGUAUCUGAAACUGAUGAAGGGUUUCACUCUAGGGCUACUUCUAGUACAAGUCAGUCUGCCCUAUCUAACAGCAACAACAUGAGCAGUAAGAACCUUUUAGGGAAGAGCCAACGAAGGUCUGGAGGAAGCAAAGCUGGAGGAAAAGAAAAAGAAGGAGAAAGCUGCAGAGAACACUUGUCACGAAAACAAACUCAGAGAGCCAUGAGUGAGAAUCUAGAGCUUGUCUCUCUGAAGAGACUGACAUUGACAACUAGCCAGUCCCUGCCUAAGCCUGGCAGCCAUAGUCUAGCCAGAACAACCACUACUGUGUUUAGUAAAUCCUUUGAACAGGUCAGUGGUGUCACAGUUACAAAUAAUCGUGGUGGCGUAUCUGGUACAGAGGCAAACAGGUUUUCAGCUUGCAGUCUUCAGGAGGAAAAACUGAUAUAUGGAACAGAAAGAACAGAUCUUCCCGUUUUAAGCAAACAACCUAAUCAGCAGCGACCCCCUAGUAUUAGCAUAACUUUGUCAACAGAUUGAUAUUAAAUUGGCAAGUAUGAAAAACAAAAUAUUGAGGGUUUAUGCUGAUGUUGGUGCAUUAAGGUCUUCAGUAUGCUGUACUUUACUUUCUUAAACCUCAACCCCAUAAAUUCUUGUUUGACUCUCAUUUGACAGUAAUAGUGAGUAGACAACAGUUCUAAUUAUGUUGUGUCAACUUCUAGCAGCUUGAAAAGUUCCUCUUUGACUUACUGUGUUUAUACACCUGAUUACUGACUUACAUCUUCACCAAUUUAAUAAGCAUGGAUUGGUUGGUUAGCCACUGACCAAGAUGUGUGGCUUUUUACAAAUGCAAAGUAUGGGAGUAAAUAGAGCCUCUUUCCCAUAGUCUUGUUCACUGCUGGUUGGCAUAGGUGAAACUGGAAGUACCUAUUUUGUUUAGGAGGAGUCCCACAGUAUCGGCAUGAAAUUUUGGAACUGCACUGUAACAACAAGCAUCCUCUUACGUUUGCCAUGAGACAGCUGUGCUUACAUGUAAGACUCAGACUAGAAGCAUCUGUUCAGUGUUCGAUGUUACGGUGGUUUUUGUAACGGUAGUACCCGUUGCAGUGUUCGUACUUCCUCAUGCCUAUAUGAGUCUGAAUUACAGCUGUGUUUUGGUUUUUCUUUAAGUCUUUGAAACUGGGUCAGAAGUCAUACAGCGGCAGUCCUUGUAGAUGGGAGUUCUUACCAGUUCCUAUAGUAGUCACUUUUUAGACUUAGAAAUUGUGUGAUAGACUUUCUUUCAGAUCCUUAAAUAUAGGGCGCAAAGCUACUCAUUGAAAAGUCGCUGUCAUCUGUAUUAUUAUUUAUGGGGAAGAGAUACGCUUAUGUAACAAUGUCAUGUAGGAAAUAAGGUAUGAGCCCUUUGCACUGACUUAAGCAAAUCAGGAGUGUAAAUGUAUUUAACAUGAACUUCUUACUUGAGACUAAAAGAAUACUACCAAAAGAUGCGUACUUCCAGUAACUUGCAAGCACAAAGGGAAAUUAUAAUGUAAAUAUAACUAGAACUGUAAUUUCUAGUCUUUGAUAUCUAUUAUUUUUCUAGUUUGAAAUUCUAAAACAGCAGCCUGGUCAAGGUUACCUAACGUUUAACCUUCAGUUAGUUUCGUGACCUUGUUUGAUACUAACUUUUAUAAUGCUAAGUUUUUAAUUAAAAAGGGAUGUUCAAACUUCUUGUGCAGAAAUUUGGAGAAGCAAUAGCUGACAAAACCGCUCCAGUAGUAGUGAUUAGCUGAUAAACAGAUGAUAUAAUAUUAUGAGUGGAGAAAUAGGAUGAAGAUCUAAGGUGUAGUGAUUCCCACCUGUCCAGAUUUCUGCAGCUAGUGAUCCCUUACUGCCAAGAACCUUGUAAUGAAACAAACACUAAAAUUUUGGUAACUUCCCUGUUUGCCCCGAGAUGAGUUUACAUGCCUAUUUUUGACUUAAACUGAAGCAGAAAUAACUUGUAAGCAGCUAAUGUUAUUCAGGUUUAUAGCAAUUAAUAAGCUGGGUAUUUAAUGAAAAGAGAUGAGGAGACAUAGCUGAUAGGGACAAGUAAGUUGUGUAAUUCUACUUCUAAGACUGUAGGCUACAUGUGUAAUUUCUUAAUGUUCACCAAGUUCUGUGGAGUAGCUGCAUCAGUCUGUAAAUAUUUGUCUUCACCUAAAAGCCUGAGUUUAAAUGAACGUGCUGCGCUUUCUCAUAUUCUUGUUUGUUGUGUGACACUGUUCUGUUCCAGUAAUGCAGUAUUUCACCUUUUUACCGUGAAGUGUUUUCUUAAUUGUACAUGAAAACUUACAUUCCUAAAGUAUGAACUGCAAGUUUGUCCUGUGCAGUGUUUAAUACUUUAGCCAGUGAAAUAAACUGGUUCUUUGAAGUUGUAUGUUUUUGUGAAUACUUUGUACAGCAGAAAAUUUUGUCUUUUUUAUAGGUUUUUCCGCAAUACACAUUAGACAGCACAUUUGUUUCAGAUUGACUAAUACAUGUGGCGGCUGGAGCAUGCACAACCGCAAGCGCUAGAAGGGGUUUAGGCAGCUGGUAGCAGACAUGGGCUGGCACUACACACACGAAAGGUAGAGCUCUUCCUUUCCUUGAAAUGUGUUCUAGAUGUUACAAAGAAAUAACCUGGAGAACGUAGAGCUGCCUCCUGCUCUGCUCUUGCAGUGUAGCAUUUACAUAUGCUUUGGAAACACUUUACAGUAAUUUAAUUGAAACAUAAACUAGAAUAGAUAAAUAAAAUUGCAAUUGACAAAUGUUUGUUGUGACAGUAUUUAGUUGUGAGUUUGUGUUAAGGGACUAGAAUUUUCAAGUAAUUCAGCUGGGUUUUUUCUGUUUCAUUUAGUUCGUAAUUAUCUCCACAGUAGACACUCUUGCAAGCUUGGUCUUGGUGUAAGAGUUGUUUGUUAUACUGGGAAGAUUUAGUCACGUGAGCUAUAAAUAUUUAAAAUUAGAAGGAUCGAAAAUGCCAUAAAAUGUGGAUAUGUCACAUAAUGUUUACAAUACUGUUGGCUACAAGUUUUAACACUGAGUAAAGUUAGCUUAUCCUUUUAUUUAGCUGAUUAUUCUAACUGUGCUCCGGUUUAAACCCAAGACAGGCUCGUAUUGGUACAACUGAAAUUAUAUAAAGCUUUGUACUUUUUUUAGAAAAUGAUAAAAGGAAAGGUUCUUGAUACUAAAGGCUGCUGUUUCUAUACAUAUGCGGGUUCAUACAUAUGUUUCUAUACAUCUGCUGGUGAGUAUGUAUGUAUGGGUCUCUGGAGCAACUUACCCAAUGAGCAUGUUUUUGUGAACUGACAUCACAUCUUGAUACUGAUCGAGACUAAAGAAUUUCUUUCCUGAUGUGAGUAAUAAAACUGUCAGUUGUGCUUCUUCCUUUUCUUGAAAAUGGGGAAAAAAAAAAAAAAAAAAGGCAAGAUAGGGGAGAGAUGGGACAGAAUUAUUUGUUGUCCAAAUAUCCAUGAUGUGGGACUUGGCGGAAGGAGAGGAAAGGGGGAAGUAGGGCAGGAAGCAGAUAAAUUAAUUCUUUCGGAAUAUUUCUAAAACUGUCAAGGGCUCGGAUUUUGAGCAUUAUCUGGUCAGUUUAGAUUGAUGAAUGAAAAAUGUAUAUUAAAGAAGUAUAGGACUUCUAACAGUGUAAGGAAAGCCUAUUAAGACAUCCCAUAUUGUAGUCUGCCCAGGAGUGGGUAGUUCUGAUGAAUACAUCAUACACGGCUGCAAUGUUCUGCAGGAAAAACGUUAUGUAGGAGUGAAUCAUCUCAAAUUAUAAUAAGAGAAGUUGUUUUAAUGCUGACAUUUAUAACUGACCUUACUGUUUUAAAUCAAAGCAUACUGUUCCCAACGAUAGCUUUGAACAGCAACACUUUCAAAACUGUUGAAGCUGAGAAUUCUUUCUGUUGUGAGAAACUGUAACAUUUGUGCAAAAAGUGUAUGGCCUCUAACCACUUUCUGUAGAGCUGCAGUGACUUUUCUGAAGGGAGUGAAAUGUGCUUGAAUUGCCUUGAAUACCUGGCAGAUUUGACAGGUACAGAAAUAUGUAGCUAUUUUAGCCACGCUUCUCUAAGGAGGUCUCCUGAUUUCUAUAAGGAUUAUAGAAAUUUCUAACAAUUACGAUGUCGGAUCUCUUUUGUCAGUGUUUGAGGCUUACAGUGCUGUAUAUAGGUAUGUAAUAUAUUGCCUUUUAUAUUUGUAUAAUUCUACUUCUAGUACUAAAUGUGUACACUUUUUAAUAUUCACCAAAGUCUGUGGAAUAGCUGCCUCGGUCUAUAGAUGUCUGUCUUCACCUAAAAGCCUGAGUUUAAAUGAAUGUGCCACACCUUCUCAUACUCUUCAGUUUGUGUGACACCGUGUUUUAGUAAUGCAGUGUUUCACCUUUUUUACAGUAAAGUGUUCUCUUAAUUAUAUGUGAAAACUUACAUUCCUAAUGUAUAAACUACAAGGUUGUCUUGUUUAGCGUUUAAUAAUUUAAGUAGUGAAAUAAACUGUGGUUUUUUUGAA